CAUAUCCUCUCUCAAAACAAUUGUCAAUCCUUGCCGAUAUUUGCUUCUACUUUCACAUGCAAACCUGGAGCGCUUCCCUCUUUCAGGUUAGGAGAGCGCUCGCUCUGCUUCCCUCUCAGCGCUCCUUGUUGAGUACUAUGGCUGAGAGCAAGCGGCCAAAGGCAGCAGCGGAGUCCACAGGACCCAUCGCCACGGCAAUUACAAGCAAAGUAACCGACGCACUGAAGCCAACGCACUUGCGAUUGCUGAACGAUUCCCACAAGCACGCGGGCCACUACGCUAGGGACGGGAGCGCAGCGUCGGAGGCGGGCGAAACCCACUUCAGGCUAGAGGUCACCUCGGAGGCGUUCGCUGGGCUGCCCCUGAUCAAGCGUCACCAGCUCAUAUACGGGCUACUGGGAGACGAGUUUAAAGCGGGGUUACAUGCGCUGUCCAUGACGACAAAGACCCCUGCGGAGGCCCCUACGGAGAAGUGAUAUGGGUGCGGAGGUAGGGGGCUUCAUGAGCAGUAACAGGUGAUUCAAUGCGUCGACUUGGACUGGGUGCAGUUAGUUGCGAAUUUGUGACGCAGCUCUUUCUGAGAUUGAUCCUGGAGGGGAUCCGUAUGAAGGUGUGUCGUGGAGGCGACCCAGAUGUCUGAAAGGUGCCAGUACGCGUGGGACCAGGCGUGUGGUGGUGGUGGCGGCGGUGAGCUGCUUGUCACAGAGCAAGCACACAUACGGGUGCGGUCCAUAGGUUCGCUUGGUGCUGCGUGCGAUCGUCAGUUUCUGAUUCGCUCGUGCUGCAACAUGAAGUUAACACACAUGCUUUCAUUGUUUGGCAACUUCCACGUGCUCGUAUUGGGUGGCCAGCAAUGCCUAGCUGGGUAAUUCCGUGUUCC